GACAGGACUCUUGUGAAAGCAAAAACCUCAGAGCUCUUCAAACACAGCUCAGUCUCCUCUGUAGCAGUCACAGCCGUUACACAGUCAAGCACAUCACAGGUGGAUUUCAAAGUCCAAUCUGUGCAGGUCUGUGUGCACUAGCUGUGCCUGAUGCUGUGGGAAGCUCUUCACAGAACCCAUUCUCUGCUCUUCCAGUGGGAAGGUUAGGAACUCAACUCUGCCACCAGAAAUCUCCUUAUCUCAAGGGAGCUGUGUCUUUCACUGACUGCAGCCAUGGGUCAGUCUUCUUCCACACCUGAUGCAAAUGCCCACAAUAUGGCCUCCAGCUUUAAUGCCUUUUUCAAAACUUUCAAGAUGGAGAGUAAAGUCAUUUCUGAGGAGACCAUCAAUUCAAUUCAGUUGUUUCUGCAGGAAGGGGAUGUACAGAAGACGAUUUCUGCAAUCAACACUGCUUUGACUGACAUCGAGAAUGCCCCUCUAAGCAUUGCAGUGACAGGAGAGACUGGGGCAGGGAAGUCUACGUUCAUCAAUGCCCUGCGGGGCAUUGGACAUGAAGAGAUGGAAUCAGCUAGGAGUGGAGUGGUAGAGACAACAAUUCAAAGAGAGAAAUAUACCCACCCCAAGUUCCCUAAUGUGACCAUCUGGGAUCUUCCUGGGGUUGGGUCUACUACCUUUAAACCAGAAGAAUAUCUGAAAAAAAUGAAAUUCCAGGAGUACGACUUUUUUCUUAUCAUCUCAGCUACUCGCUUCAAAGAGAAUGAUGCCCAGCUGGCCAAAGCAAUUGAAAAAAUGAAAAAGAAUUUCUAUUUUGUUCGAACAAAGAUUGAUAGUGAUUUGUGGAAUCAGAAAAGAUGUACACCAAGGACCUACAAUAAGGAAGAAAUCCUGGUGAAUAUCCGAAAAAAAUGUGUAGAGAAACUCCAGGAAGCAGAUGUAGCCUUCACUCGUGUCUUCUUAGUCUCUAGCAUCGAGGUAGCACAGUUUGAUUUUCCUCAACUGGAAUCCACCCUUUUGAAGGAGUUGCCAGCACACAAGCGUCACAUCUUCAUGCAGUGCAUCCCUAAUAUAACCGAGGCUGCUAUUGAUCGCAGGAAAGAUGCCCUGAAACAGAAGAUCUGGCUGGAGGCUCUGAAGUCUGGAGCAUCAGCUACCAUCCCCAUGAUGUCUUUCUUCAAGGACGAUGUCCAGGAGUUGGAGAAGAUCCUGCUCCACUACAGGUCUUGCUUUGGGAUGGAUGACAAGUCUCUGGAAAACGUGGCCAGGGAUUUGUCCCUGCCUUUGGAGGAACUUGAGUCCAUCCUUAAGUCACCCCAUUUGCUGUCUUGUGAGAUGGAUGAAUCUGUGGGGGAUAAACUGGUGAAAUACCUGGAGAAAAUAUUUGCUGUCACCGGCGGAUUCAUAGCCACUGGCCUUUACUUUAGAAAGAGUUACUACAUCCAAAAUUAUUUUCUUGAUGUAGUGACUGAUGAUGCUAAAAUUUUACUUAAGAAAAAAGUUUUCUUGGCAGAACGUGAGAACUCUGAGUAAGGCUGCAAAGACUGGGAGAAUGAGGCAGCUGGCCUGGGACUUAGGUGACUCUAGUGCUUCCAAGACACUGGAAACUGGAAAGAUUCCUGAAGUACUCUGGCCAGGCCGUGAUGACGUUUAGACUUUAUGACAACAACGUCACAGUAAAACUAAGAUUCAGUGGUCAACUCUGAAAUACACUAAGGAAACUGUAUAAAAAGAAGAAAUUAAUGUGCAUGCUGUUUAUUAUAAUAAAAGUAUAGAUUGUACACUAAAAGAAGGUAAAGGACGGUCUUUCUUUUCU